UGUUGGUAAAGAUUUUAAAGAUGACCUGGAGAUCUUACUCCAGGGGGUUUCAGAGUUUGACUUCACCGAUGGUAUAGUAGCUUCUGAGGCACUAAUCCAUGGCCCGUUAGCCUUCCCCAUUGGUACCACUGAGGAUGGACAGCCGUUUCUUGCAGGAAGCUACUAUGGACGGGGGCGGGUCGUUGUGAUCACACAUGAAGCGCCUCUGAUGUCACAUCAACUGGCUCCUUUCUGGAAAAAUGCCAUCGAUUGGUUGGACCAAAGCAGGAAGGGGGUCAUUGGUGUUCAGCCUAACCACAAUCUUCUCAGCAAGUCAGGGUUAAAGUACAAGGAGACGGCGUUCAGGACAGACCUGAGCGUAUUUGUGUGUAGAGCGUACGACAAUCAGCCUGUGGAGGAGAUCCAAGACUUUGUAGCAGAGGGAGGAGGCCUGCUGAUUGGUGGGCAUGCGUGGAACUGGGCACAGUCACAACCUGGAAAAAACCCAAUAACAGAUUUCUCAGGAAACAAGAUCCUGAACACAUUGGGCUUGAGCCUUAUGGCGGCAACCAUUCCAGGAGGUUCCUACAAGGCUACUGUGCCCAGCCAUGAAAUGACGUACACCUGCCACUUUCGCAACCUCCUACGCAGCUUUGCUGGUCAUGUUACACAAGGCAAAGAACUCUCCAAGCAUGAGGGAAAAAAACUUGAAAAACUGGGCAUGGAGUGUAGCAACUUCCUGAUGAUGAAGUCUUAUGACAGCUACUCCUACACACAGGUGCUGUCCAUCCUCACUGACAUUUUGAAGAAGUCUGGCAUGCCACAGGUGAGUGUGAAGAAUCCUGUGAAGAAUCCGAAAGACCACCUACUCCUCAGUGUGGGGACAGAGGUUUAUAAGGCGUCCCUGGAUCCUGAUGCUCUCCUGCCGUACCUCAUCAAAGAUAUUCCUGUGUUGCCAGUUGUCAAAGAACACAGGAUCAGGAUUACUGUUAACACAGCAGAUGAGAAUGAGUGGAUCAGUACAGGUUUGUACCUCUCUCCUGGUAUGAAGACAGAGAUGAUCCUACCAGCAAACAUCGUCAACAAGAACUGGACGAUCCAGAUAGGUUGCCAAACAGACUAUCUGGAACAUGAUGAGUUGAAGAGAGCAAGGUCUGUUCAUGAGCGAUUUCCUGUCACAGCAGAGAAGAUGCAGGUGUGGAACCUGUGGGGGGGGCUCAUCUACCUGGUCGCUCCACCCAACACAAAGAUGGAAGGGGUAGAGGUCGUGGUGUCGUUGGCUGUGCGUGCUCCUUACUACAAGUCUGGUGUGACAACAGCAGCUGAUUGGUUGUCGCUGCGCACAGCUCCAGCACCCUGGGCAGAGUUUGAGUUUGACAACAUCAUCCUUACCGUACCAUCGGAUGUUGUUAGAAAGUUGGAGCGCCCUGAUGAGGUGGCAGCGCUGUGGAACGACAUCAUGAAGGGCAUUGCAGAUCUGGCUGUCAUACCACACAAAUUCUACCGCAAAGAACGUAUGGUAGCAGAUGAGCAGAUUUCUGCCGGUUGGAUGCAUGCAGGCUAUCCAGUCAUGAUACACACAUAUUCAGCUGCUGAGCUUUUCGAACCAGAUGACGCCAGGGCUGCAGGCCUGUGGGGAGAAGUUCAUGAACUGGGACACAACCAACAGAGAAGCGGCUGGGAGUUCAGACCACACACCACAGAGUGCACAUGCAACCUGUGGUCAGUGUAUGUGCAUGAAGAGGUGCUGGGGCUCAAAAGAGAAAAGGCUCAUCCAUCGAUGAUCUUGACAAAUCGGAAGAACACUGUAGAUAAGUAUGUUAAGGGAGGCAAGAAUCUCAGCGACUGGAAUGUGUGGACGGCCCUGGAGACAUACCUGCAGCUCCAAGGAAUAUUUGGCUGGGAUGCCUUUAAAAAGGUAUUUGCUGCCUACCACAAGAUAAGCAACUACCCCAGUGACAACAGUGGAAAGAUGAACCUGUAUGCUGAGACCUUCUCCCAGACUGUGGAGAUGAACCUGUCUGCGUUCUUUAAGUCCUGGGGCUGGCCCAUCGACAGAGCCACUGAGGAGAAACUCACCCCCCUGCCUCCCUGGAGCGACCACCCCAUGCUCAAAUAUGACUAAACUUCUGACUGCAUCUUAAUACAUUUCAGAGAGAUCAGCGUCAGCUUAUCAAUAUGUCAAAUUAGAAACAUGUUUAGAUUGCACAUCUAUCUAAUCACAAUUCCCCUACAACUCAUUUGCAGCUGAAGCUGUAUAAAACUUGUAGUUGGGCUUUAAGUUACACUAAGAUGUCGCAAAGAGUCCGUUGAUAUUUAACUUAGGGUUCAUUUCUAAGAGCAACUCUUUUGAAAAACGCACCAUAAUGUGUUCCUCUGUAUAUACAAAUGAUGAUCAUAGCUUAAGAUAUUUUUCAGCAGAAAAAAGCAUUGGGAACAUCAGCUUUGCAACACUGUUUUUAUCAAAGUAAAAAAGUGUGUUAUCUAGGUUCUCCUUUGAGGGUCAUACAACUCUAAUACACCUUUUAGUGCUGAGGUGGAGCUGUCGCAGUUUACUAUAGUUGGUAAUGUUGUCAUUAGCUUCAGAGUAAAAUAAUAAAACAUGUAAUUGUGGUUCUUCUUUAGGGUUAAUCUACAGUAGGGUUUUCUUUCAGGGUCAUAUAAGUCUAAUACUUUUACAGAUAUUAAGGUGUUGAUCAGUAAUCAGUUGAUCAGUAUGUCUUCUUGUUACUUUUCUGAUAGAUCGUUUGCUUUUAGGAUGUUAAAGAUAGUACAAUAUACCUAUGUAUUAUUCAUGUGAUUGAUUAUUGGAUGAGGUUUCACUAUAACCCUGAAGGGAUGUCAUAUUUCUUGACAAGGAAAUUAAGAUAAUUUAAUCAUUCAUACAAAAACGUAUAGUUUAUGAUGUCAGAAACUCAUUGUAUUUUCAAAAUGUGCACAAUUGAUAUUUAUAUUUUGUUUUCUCACUGUUUUAUUUUGUGGUGAUAUAAAUG